GUUUCCGGAAGAGGAAGAAAUUUUAAGUCUGUUCCAUGUUAGUCAAGAGUUAGUAAUUAAAUGUUAAAAAUAUACACUAAUAUUUACUUUCGUAUAUGACGAUGGUUUAAAUGAAAUGAACUGAAUCUCAGAAUAAAUCAUAAAAACAUUAUGAUAUGAACUGGAAAUAAAUAUAGCAGUUAGAAUGUGUGAAAGCUUCAGAAUUUUAUUCGCGCUGUGUCGAGUCGGUUUUUACGCGGUAGGUAAUCUUGUAAUUUAAUUAGCCCUACAUUGUUAAAAAGUUAAGCAACUCUUCUUCUAUAUUGAAUAAUAGAUUUUGUAUUUUAUUGUUAAUUUAUUUUAGUGUUAUGAAUAAUACACUUAUCUGGAUAAUCUAAACUUAAAAAAACCAAUGAAAAAUCAUUACUUUAGUUAGAUUAGAGUUUAGAGUCUACUUAUUUAAGAUAAGUCUUUAAAAAAUUAAAAUAUUGCAGAUCAAGACACUUAUCACUUACAACUUACGUAACUAACUUGUUUUGUAGUAAUAAAAUAAUAGUAAUAUUCAAGACUAUUUUAAUAUUGUAUUAUUAGAGUAAAAAUUAGUAUGCCUAAUUUAUAGUAAGAGCCUAGUCAUUAUCAUUAAAUAUAUAUUUAUAUACUACAACUUAUUAUUCAAAUUAACUUCCUAAGUCCUAAGGCCUAAGUAAGACACAGGACUUGGAGUUUUAUUAUUUUCAAUUGUGUUGUCUUUGACUGGGAAACUGACUUUGAUGCUUGCAGCAGUUAUGCUUUAGUAAUGAGACUGAGAAGUAGUAGGCCAGUGCAGUAAGGGCCAUCCAUAAAUGACUCACACGUCUAAAAAAAAGGGGGGGGGGGUUUCAGGUUUUUGUGACGAGGGGGGGGGGGGUCUCAAGCCAUGUGACGUCACAUGAAAAGCGGAAUGUUGUAGUAAAGAAUUUCACUUAAAAACACUAAUUAAUAUACAUUUUUGACAUUAUUUAAAAAACAAAACAAUUAUAGCUAUUUUAUUUUAAAACUAUCACUGAGGCUGAGAGAAAUAGUACAGUAGGAAUGGGAGGUCCGAAGAAUGGCCUCAGAUCAAGUUACGGGAUGCCCAGUAGUGGAGAAUCGGAAUGUAGUUACAAUGACAGUCGUGAGAAUUUAUGGCUAAAUCUGGACAGAGGAAGUGGGGUGGAGCGGGGGGAAAAAAUUUGACCGCGGGGUGGGGGUUAUCUUAGUAAAUGCUCUAGUCUAGGGCAGGGAUUCUUAACCUUUUUUGCAGCGCAUCAGGCCCUUUCCGUUUUAUACAUCCCCACCCCCCACAGCCGUAAAAAUUAUAUUGUAAUAAAAUUUAAAAUAAUUAAAUAAUUUUAUUAUCGGAAUUUUAUUUCUUUAAUUAACUUAUCUUAUAAACAGGGCAAAAAAUUACUAAUACACGCAAUGCACCAAUGAAAUUCAGCACUGACAGCUGCUAAUCAAAAUCCAUAAAAACUUGCAUUUAAAAAAAAAAAAUUAAAGCAGCAACAACUAGCAAUGGCAGCAAAUACAAUCAGUGACAUGGCUAGGGUUGGUUUCACCCAGUCCGGUAAGCUUGUGGUGUCACCCUCCCCCCCUUUUUCACAAUGAACAAUGUAUUUCUUCUUGUUAAACUUAGUCCACAGUAUAAAAAAUACAAGAACAAACAAAAAUUAAAUGAAGAUCAGGAGGUGAAUGUAUUUCAGAACUUUAACUUGUACUUAGAAUCGCCUAUUGUUGUCAAAGGAUAGCUCUAUUUCUCAGAAUUUAAAAAACUAUAGCGUCUUGUCGCUUACAAAAGUAAGUUACCGAACACUUCUUUCGGCGUUGAAACAUGAUCAAAACGGUGUGUUUCUGACCUAAUCAUAUGGUAAUCUAAUUGCCUUGACAUCAACCUUGAAAUUUUAAUAUUAACGAAACACGCAUUUUGAUUGGUUACAUGGGUCGAAAAUGAACGUGUCAUUUGUUAUCCUUUUAUGAAUUUUGGUUAGACCGAUCAGUGUGUGCUCUGUAAUUGCGUUAUUUUUCAAUUUGGUGUCACCCCCUGUGAUGGUGUGGACCGAUGCGGUCCGCACACUUCUAGCUACGCCACUGAAUACAAAUUUUUGGUCUUCCACACCUCAAGGUUGAGGAGGUACUUGUACCCCAGGUUAAGAACCACUGAUCUAGUGAAAUGUUUUUGUCAGUACUUUGCAGUAAUUGUGCAGUAAUUUGAUAUCAAUGGGAGGUGAAUUUCUUAAGGGUUUGUAAAGGACAAAAAUGGACACAGGGACUUUUUAUAGGGGGGGGGUUGCAGAGAUUUGUGACGUUAUAUUUGAGGGGGGGGUCAUUUCUUAAGGGUUUGUAAAGGACAAAAAUGGACACAGGGACUUUUUAUAGGGGGGGGGUUGCAGAGAUUUGUGACGUUAUAUUUGAGGGGGGGGUCUAACUUUUUGUGACUAUUUGUGAUGGUGGGGGGAGGGGGGGGUCAAAAAUGGGCAAAAUUUGCGUGAGGUCAUUAAUGGAUGGCCCCUCAUCCUAAAAAAAUCCAUAUGAAUAAUUAAUACUUCUAUCAUAAUAAAAGUAUUAAAAGUAAAAGCAAAAAGCCUAUGCCUAAUUUAAAUUAAAUGCAAUUAAAUAUGAGUUAGACCUAGGGACUAGAGUCGGAGUAACUAUUUUAAAUUAACGGUAUUAGAAAUUUAUGAGAUUGAUUUCAAAAUCUUGUUGUUCAUUAACUCAGUAAAUAUUAGGAAUAUAUUAAAAAAUGAUGAAGUCAUAGUUCUAAUAGUCAUAGUCUUAUAUUGGCCUAAUGAUUAAUAAAUUUAAUCAAAAUCAAAGUAAUGAAAUUGAGCUUAUAUUACAAUUUUUUAAUAGUCAAUUCUACUGACAGUCUCUUUAAUCAUUACAGCUUGGCUGAAUAAAUAGUUGGUUGUUGAUGGCAGUUAAAACUAAGUGAAACUGUCUGUCAGUGUGUGUUUGUGAGCAAAAUUUUAAUAUGUCUUGCUUGGAUUCCAAAUGUAUAACAGUAUGCUUGUGUGGUUAAAGUAUACAAUCCAAGUUGUACUUGAUUUAACACCCUUCAACCUGAUGAUAAUGAACUAGUGAAUUUAUUAAUUUAAAAUUUAAAGAUGCCAAGCCUAUAUUCUUGAAAUAAUUGUAAUAGGCUUUUUAGACCUGGCACAACACAUUAUUUAAUUAUCAGCUCCUUUAUAUUGAAAAUAUAGUCAUAGUGUUUAAGAACUUAUGUUACCUUUUUAUUAGGGCCCUUUUGUAACAUUCGAUGUUAUAUCAAGAUAUUAGAUUCAAUGUUAUAUCACGAUAUCACAAAAAGAACUUUCUUUCUUAAAAUGACAUGAUGUCUUAGAAGUAGCUAUAUAUUUGAUUUUCAAUAAUAAUUAAUAUCCUACACUAAUGUCCAUAACUUAUCUUUUCAGUUGUAUAGAAGAUUAUGCUGCAAAGGACCUUCUCCUACAAGACCAAACUUUACAGUCUUGUGUAUUGGUCUUGAAAAUGCUGGGAAAAGUUCAGUUUUAGCAACUCUUAGUGGUGAUGAUCUUCACAAAAUUGAGCCUACCAUAGGUAUAUUGAAUUAUUGGUAAAUUUAUGCAAUCCGCGCCACUCAUUUAACAGUGUUUUUCCAAUACUUUUUUUUCCAAUUCUGCCAUCUUUGUUGCAAUGGUCACUGCAAGAAAGGUGGCGGUAUUGUUUUUUAAAAAAAGGAGUGCAAAACACAUAUACUAAAAAGUGGUUAAAUUAGAAAAAAAAUCUACAAUUCCAUGUAACCUGAGUGUAAACCCUUACAGUGCUGACCUACUUUUUGCUUGUAUAGCCUCAGUCCCGGCUAUUAUUUUGCUAAUUAUUUCCUGUGGCAAAGACAUUAUUUUGGAAUGAGCCAAAAUUUGAUAGGUUUGCAAAUUAUUUUGUAACUUUUUUUGUUUUAAAAAAUUGAUAAUAACAUGUAGAGAAUUAUCUGUUCAGAAAUGGAUAAGGGUGUUAAAAAAACCAAAGUGUUUAGUUCAAAUUUUUCUUUGGCAAUGGCACACUAGGGGAUUGUGCGUAAGUCGUCAUCAACAAUAGCGGUAGUGUAGCGCCAUGGAAACAACAAAUACAGAUCCACGCAAAAAACUCAGUAAUUGGUAGAUUUUAAUAAUUUAAAUGGCAAAUUAAAAUUCAAAUAUUCCCCUUAUGAAUAAACAUUCUGCCCAAGACUGUGGUUAAAGGUUAUAUCCCUCUAAGUAUCAACACUAGGGGAUUGUGCGUAAGUCGUCAUCAACAAUAGCGGUAGUGUAGCGCUAUGGAAACAAACAAUACAGAUCCGCACAAAAAACUCAAUAAUUGGUAAAAUUUAAUAAUUUAAAAGGCAAAUUAAAAUUCGACUAUUCCCCUAAUAGUAAACAUUCUGCCCAAGACUGUGGUGAAAAGUUAUAUACUGGUUUCUGUGUUUAUAUUAGAUACCCCUCUAUGUAGCAAAUAGAUGCGCUUGGGCCACAGGGAAAACAAUCGGCUGGUGAAAAAAGACACACUUGGGUCACAGGGAAAAAGUAGGUCACUUCAAAAAAGAUGCGCCUGGUACUGUAAGGGUUAAUUCAGUAUCACUAACUCAAGCAUAAAUUCCACUGUAAAUUUAGUCCCCCCCCCCCAAAAAAAAAAAAAAAAAAAAAAAAAAAAAAAAAAAAAAAAAAAAAAAAAAAAAAAAAAAAAAAAAAAACAGCGUGAAUUCAACCCUAAAUUAAGUUCCCCCAAUGUAAGCGUAAAUCUUCAAACCUAAAAUCUAUGACCCAAUGCCUAAUAUGACCCCUAAACCAUGUGCUACAGUUACUACACACUGUAAUGUACCGGUACUGAGAAAAUAGUAAAUUUGAAUAAAAAGAUCACAAUUAUUUUUAAAAUAUUAAAAAUAAUUAAAACCCAACUUAUAGUUUCAUCGAAUACACUUGACACACUUCAUUGCAGGUUCCAUCAAAAACAAAAUCAAAAUUUGUCCCAAAAUCAGUACCCUUUCCAUAAUGCAAGCCUUGUUUGAAAUUUUAUGAGUAACACCCCACCCCAAUGAAAUAUUAAUUUAAAACAUUCCAUCAGUGUAUUAAUAUUUUUUUAAAAACAAAAGUUAACUCUAGCAAAAAAAUAAACAGUUUUUAAAAAAAGACAGAGAAUCCUACACAGAAACUCAAAGUGGUGCUUAUUCAACUUAUUGCAUAAAUUGACCUUAUUAUUUUUAUCAAAUUUACUGGUUCACUAAGUUUUAGAUUAAAUAUUCUUUUAUUCCAAAUUUUAACAUUUCAAAGGUUUUAGUUUAAAAAAAUUGUUGAUUUUAAGAAGUUAAUUAUUUUAAGAGGUAAAUCAUUUAAUAUCAUUAUCAAUAUAAAUAUAUAUCAACUAGUUGUAAUGGCUAGUUAGCUCAGCUAGUUAGGGUGUCUUGAAUAGAAAAUCUGUUGGUUCAGUACCCAUUGUGGACAAUUCACUUUUGAGAUAAAGAGAUAUUUGAAAUUAUUCAAGUUAAUUGCACCAGAUAACAUAUAAAUUGGUUUUAAAAAAGUAUUCUUUUCCUUCAUAUUUUUGUUUUAAAAAUCCUGUUCCUUUUUUUUCCUCAGGGUUUAGUAUCAAAGCAAUUUUGUUUGAUGAUUGUAUUUUGGAUGUAAAAGAACUUGGUGGUAAGUGUGGCUUAUUUAUUUACUUUUUAAAAUAAAUUUUUAAAAAGUGUGGGUACCAUACAAUAACUUUGAUUAGAUUUGAAAAAUAAAAUGGCAGUGUAUUUGGAGUACAAUUGCGUAAGUUUUAUAUAUGAAAAAUCUAUUGAGUAAAAACAAUAGAUAACAAUACAACAUAUCCAUUUUUUGCUGAUGACUUUCAGGAGGGGAUAAAGUCCGUCCAUACUGGGAGAGAUACUAUCAAGUUUUCCAAGGCAUUAUAUUUGUCAUAGACAGCCAUUCAUCAGAAGAAUCUCUUCAAAUAGCCAAACAAGAAAUGCACAAUGCUGUAAAACAUCAACAGCUCAAGAGUUUGCCCCUUUUAAUUUUAGCCACUUUCCAGGAUGUUGAAGGAGCCAGAAGUCCAGAAGAAGUAAGCUAAAAAUAGAUUUAACUGCACUAUAAAAAAUAUUCUUCGAUUUGAAUAAAAAGAAGACCACUAAAUUUUCAGGGGAAUGGGAACAUAAUAAUGAUUAAAAAUCAACAAAGAACUAAAAAUGUAUAUUUAAAAAUGUGUUACUUAUUAUUGCCUCCAUUUUGAUACACUAAGAGUUAUAAAGCAUGUAUUGUUUUGCUUUUUUUUAAAGUUAGUCAAAUCUUUUUUCAUAAAUUUUUAUUUUUCUUCUAGUGAAUUGCAAAAUACAUUUACAAUUUAAAGUGCUCCUUUAUUUUACUCUAUUAUGUAGGGAUUAAGAAUGGAAAUAAAAAUCUCAUUUAAAAGCGAUACAAAAAAACACCUUUAAUAUUAAUUAAACACAUUCUCAAAACAAGGGAAUUGAGAAUACCUUUUAAAAGUAUUUUUUAAUAUCAGUUAUUAAUUAAUAUAGAUAUCACCGUCAACUGUUAUUUUAGUUAAAUAUUGUCAGUGGAAUUGUUUAUUUAUUUUUUUUAGUUGUCAAGGUUCCUGGAAGUAGAAACAGAAAUCGGCAGUCGGCAGUGUCUUGUAAGAGGCUGUUCAAUAAACAACAAAGAAGGUCUUACUCAGAUAUUUCAACAGUUUAAUGAGAUUCUCAUGAAAAAUCUGGACGAAGAGAUUGAACAUCGACAGUCAUCACCACAACAUUCAAACAGAGUGUAAAAAAUUCAUGUAGUCUAGUGCACCUAAAAAAAAUUUCUGUGGUGUUUAUAGAAAAUUUUACCCUAAUUGCUGAUUUAAGCCUUCGCGGACAAAUUUUCCGAAAUGCAGAAGCACAAAAAUAAGUGCUUAACAUUUUUUUUUCUUACCCAUAUUUUAUAACUUGUUGUUGUCAUCUUAUUCAUAUUGAAUAAGAACCUUGUUUUCCAUUAUGUAGUGUGAUUCCAUCACUAGAUUAGUCAAAUAUUAUUUAAUUUUAUAUUUCAUUUUAAUUAUUUUUUACAUGUUUUAGUAACAUAAAGAAAUGCUAUAGGCCUACAAUAAAUAUUGUAUAAUUUGAUUUUUCUCACAGGACCUGAAAAAAAAAUUAGGCUGAAUUAUUAUAAUCAAUCAGUAAAAUAUUGUAUUGUAAAUUCAUUUUCAGAAAUAAUAGUCAUCCAUAAGAAAAGAAAAAAAUUUAAUUUGUGUGUAUUUAAACCUUAAUCUAAGUAUAUAAUUUAUUAUUUAAAAGUUUAAUUUUUUGUUGUCGAAACAGUGAGAUAAUGGCCUAAACAACACAUUAGUAGUGGCGACAUUGUACCGUUUACUUAAGCCGUAAACCCCAACACCUAGUAAGCACUGAGUAAUGAGUAGAAGGGAAAGGUGAAUUCUACUAUAAACUUCUGUUUCUAAAUAGCAGAGCACUCUCAUAAGGAUCACCAUUUCAAAUAAAUGAAUAUAUUUGAGAAUUCGUGUUACAUCAUCUUUCUUCUUUACUUUAAUGCCAGUUACUCUUUAUCUGCAAUUUUUUUUUUUUUUAAAUAGAUAGCUUCUUCUUUUCUUUGUUUCCAUUCCCUGAACACCUCCAUUUGUUAUUUGCAGGAGAGAAAUAAGCUUUGUCAAACUAUUAAUUGCUCAUAAUGUUGCUGUCAAGUGUAUCAUUGACAAUCACAGUUAUUCUUCCUGAAUCAUGCAUUACUGUUUCUGGGAGUGCUGCUCAAUGCUUUUGCGUGGGCCAAUUGUUUGUGAUUUAGUUUUUAUUUCCUAUUUUUACUGAGCAUUGCAACAGUGUCCAAAACUAUUGAAUAAGAACAUUUUUGUUCAUAUUUUCUAAUAUUAAAUGUUUCAUUGUGUGGCUAUGGUUAGGUUUUUGGCAAGAUAAGUGCCAGGAAGUUUAAUGUUGAGGUGCACUUGAAGCAAACACGUGUUACACCACUUUAAGAAUACAAUGGUGGCUAUAUUUGU